CUUCUCAAAAAUUGUUUUUUGCAAAAGAGAUGUUCAUUACCCAGCUUAAUUUAUUUUAUUCAACCAGAACAAUAAAUGCUAUUCUAAAAUGCCUUUCUUUAAAAACAUUUUUCUCUCCGUUUUUAAUCUAUUAAUAGUCAUAACAUCGAAUGGUCAUCAUAUCGCAUGUCUCUGCAAUCAAUCACUGCUCUGCCCAUACUUCCCUGUCACUGUUAGCUAAACCAUUGAGCAUCUAUAUUUUUAAUCAAAGAUAUGAAAUAGAUAUCAAAACCUACUUAUAGACACAAUAAAUGCUAUAAAUAAAUACUCUUUCCCAUUCCCUCGACUCGAAUUCAUUCAAUUUUCAUAUAAUACACAGGAAAAUGUAGGUAGUAGGUACCUAUACAUUUACGAUAUGCAUUUUCAAGGACUUCAGGAGUCAGGACAUCAACAAAUUGUACGCAUGGUUACUCACACAGCUUUCUUAUUCGACUCUGUAGCCUAUUUUUUCAUUAAUAUUUUCAAAAGUACGACGUUCGUUAUACUAAUUACACUCGUUUUGCAAAAUACUUAACUAAAAUAAUCAACUAAAUUAGGCUAACGUGUUAAAAAAAACAAUGCUGAUAUUAAGUACAAUUUACGAUUGACUUCGUAAUAUAGCAUGAUAAGAGUUAACCCGGUUUGUAGUAAGUAAGGGGAAAAAAUAGCUCAUUAAUAUUCAAGUACCACGAGCCAGUGGUCAGUUAUUACCUAAUCAAUACGUACUAUGUAUGUAUCCACUUUAUAAUACCCCCAUUAAGUUUUUAGGGUUAGAUUUACGUUUACCUAACGCUUGGCAUGUAAGAAUUUUUUCAAGGUUGUUUUGCUCACACGGAAUGCUUACUUAUCUGAGAAGUAUUUUAUUUUUUCAAACCUAGUAAACAUUAUUGUUCGGUUUCUUUUUGCGAGAUUUUGUAAAAUCAUAAUAGCGAAAAUAUGAAGCCGGAAUUAUGGGAUGUCAUGGUUCACACAGUGCCGAAGCUGUAGCUGGUAUAAAUUCUAAACGUAAUAAUGAACCGCGAUUUUCAAAUUGUAAUGGUAGGAUAACUCGACUUAUACAGGAUGAUCCUAUUGAUUAUUGCACUGAUGCCAAGACUGAUAAGAUUAUUAGGAGGUUAAGCCUACCAAUUGAUUAUGAAACUGCUGACGGUGCUCAAAAUUCAAAAAAAUACAGGAAGUGGCAAAUUCAUGGUAAAUGGAUUUGUGGAUUAUCAUCCGGAGGAUCUAGGAAUAAUAUCGAAUUGUUUGCUACCAAUCCUCAGUUUGAAAUAGUGGUUGGGAAUCAUACAGUGCCUUAUGCAGUAAAAGAUGCUGUGAUCGUGUCGUUGAAACAGAAUAAUUUUAGAACAAAUCCUGCAUUUAUUGCUCUUUUUAUUUACAAGAAUGACACUCCUGGAAAUUGUUUACUCGCCGAAUAUUUAUUCUGCGAACCUCCAUUGUACACCACAUCACCAUUCAUUAAAAAGGAGAUGAUAUCUAUGAAAGUGAGCCUAGAACCAGGUUCAUAUGUAAUUAUUCCAGCCAUGUUUCAACCUCAUCGUGAUAACGAUUUUAGCAUUACGAUUCUAGUCCUGAAAGACAUUCCAACUAGUUUACAUCAACUCAAGGUGGAAACCGAAUCGGUUAUUUAUUUUAAAAUUUAACUCAAUAACAUGAUUUUUUUUUUUUGUUUAAAAUUAAUAAUUUAUUGUGAUUAUUUUUUUAAUAAUAAAUAAAAUUUUAUGAACUCGUAA